AUGUCGAAAUUAUCCAAUACACGUUCUGUUCGAUCGACAUAUCCAGGUCUUUUAUUACUUAUUGAUUAUGGUUUAAGUGAAAAAACUAUUCAAGGUAUUUGUCAUGGGCUUGAUCAACUAUUUAGUGUUAUAUCGACGUAUGUUGGUGUACAACGCAUACCAAUGUUUGGACUAAUCGUUAAUGGACAACAUCAAAGUGAAAUUUUUAUUCCAUUGUCAUUAACACAUAAUAAUCAUAUGGAAUUACAAUUAGCAUUGUGUAAAUUGCAACUACUUGCUCAAAAAUGGUCAAUAAAAUCAAAUGGAUUUAAUAUUUCAUCAGUAUCAUGGCAAUCUGCUUUACAAUUAGCUUACAUCGAAAUUAAUUCAGUUAUUCAGAAUAAUACUGAAACUCAGAAAAUCGAAUUAGUAUGUGUUAAUGACGAUAAUAAUAUAGAAUCAUUCAAGCACAACAUAUCAUCAUUAGAUUUGAUCAAUAUCAAAUAUGUAUUGAACAAUAAAUAUUCGAUUGGUCUUUAUUUUAAAUCAUGGUUAUUAAAUGACGAUCAUGAAAAUGAACAUCUUCAAUUGUAUUUACCUACGAUUGAAAAAACUGAUCACGUUGAUCAUUCGUGGCACAUGAUUCGAUGUGAUUUACAAGAGAUAUUAAUUGAUCCUCAUCAUCAAGUUAAUCAUGAUAGAUUUUUCAUUUAUACUGAACCAUCAAGAAUAUCAACAUUAACUACAAAUUCUUCAUCGUUAUUAUUGUCAAUUUAUCAAUUAAAAGCAUUGAAUUUUAUUAAACAAACAAAUUAUUGUAUAUCAUUGAUAUUUGGCAUGCCGCUUCUUGUAAUAUCAUCAGCAUGUCAUAAAUAUGAUAUUGAAUCCAUUGAAAAAAAUGAAAUCGCUUUUGAUACUUUAACAGAAUAUUUACGUCAAAACGAAUUAAUGUUAAUUUGUUGUUUACAUGAUUGUUCAUCGUCAUCAAUAAUGAAUCAAUCAUUUUCUGGCCAUUUUGUUCUUUCAGUUGCUUCAGAACAUAGUUUAAUAUUACGUUCAAUUGCUUCUAGUGAACUUCUUUUACCAUUACCAAACUUAACACGUCAAAUAAUUAAACAUGAACAAAAACACAAUGAUGAAAACUUACUUAAAAGUCUAUCUAAUAUGAAUAUUGAAGACGAAGAAUAUAAUCCAUUAUAUUAUGAAGCUCGUAAGAGUAAAAUAACUUUAAAUACAAAUCUCAUUUGA